UUCGGUUGGCAGAAGACGCUAGCCAAUCUGAUGCGUGCGUAUACCUGGCCAGGAAUGAAAGCUGACUGCAUAGAGUAUGUCCGCAGUUGCAAAGUCUGUCAGAGGAACAAGACCACUACCCGUGCCCCUCUUGGUCUUCUCAGACCCUUGCCUAUCCCAGACCAACCUGGAGAUUUGAUCUCCAUUGACUUUAUGGAUGCCGGUGUCAAGAGUCGACAUGGCCAGAGCCAAGUCAUGGUCGUAGUUGACCGCUUCAGCAAGUAUGCUGUUUUUGUUCCCUUGCCUGCAGAGGCACGUACGGACUUAGUUAUCCGAAAGUUCUUUGAUUUUUGGGUUAGUGAGAAUGGAGUCCCGUUGUCAAUAGUUAGCGAUAGAGAUAGUCGCUUCACCAGCCAGAACUGGCAAGAACUCAUGGGAGUUUAUGGAUCUAAGUUGUUGAUGUCGUCUGGCCGCCACCCAGAGACCAACGGUCAGACCGAGCAAAUGAACAAGAUCCUACAGCAAGUUCUGCGCAUGUACAUUAGACCCGAUCAGAUCAACUGGGACGAGAUGUUACCUAAGGUAGCUAGUGCGUACAAUAACAGCGUGCAUCUGUCCACCUGUCGCACUCCCAAUGAGCUGCACAAGUCCUUUAGACCGCGCAGACCAUUCGAAGGACUGAACCGGGAGCAGAUUCACAGACGACCGCCCAGUACCAGGGAGUUCGCGAUACAGCACGAGAAAGAGCUAGCAACUGUUGUUAAAAACCUCAGGAAGGCCCAGCACCGGAUGAUAGAACAGGCCAAUAAGCACCGUCGCCCAUCGCAGUUUCAGGUAGGCGACCUGGUCUGGGUCAAGGCUAAAGAGUUUGCACCUGAGGAAAACAUCUCGCAGAAGUUACUGCCUGCAUAUAGAGGCCAGUGGCCAGUGCUAGAAGUCGAGGGCGGAGAGGAUGGACCGUUCUACAGUAUAGAGAUUCCAGCACGCCUCCACACCUACCCUGUGUUUCAUGCUUCAAAGCUGUUGCCGUGUAUCAUAAGUCAACAGUUCCCUUCAAGAAGAUCCAUGAUCCCUCCGGAUAUGGAUGGAAGAUAUGACAUUGACGGCAUUGUAGAUGAAGAUGUGUUUAGAACAGGAGGUAGAGGUCGUCCACAGAAACAGUAUAAAGUCCGGUUUGCUUACCAGGAACCGGAAGACGACCGCUGGUUUACUAUAACAGAACUUCUGGAAACAGCUCCCGACAUAGUCAGAGCCUACGAACGUGAUAAGAAGGGUAAAGGUCCUGCCUUGGACUGGAAUAUUCUCGGAGGGCCUUGAAUUUAGGACGGCAGGAGUGAAACGGUUUUCACCUCUUUGCAGUAGCAGAUGCAGAUCCCAAGGCUCGAUCCCUAGACCUCACCUUACCCAUGU